GCCAGUUCACGCCUCUCUCCUACCUGUAGAGCAGGAUCCACUCAUUGCUGAGUAUUCCUCCCAAGGCAGCACCCAGACAGGACACCAAGUGCCAGGCAGCACCCACAGGAGACCAGAGGGGGCACCCAGUUCAUACCAGCACUCACAGGGCUAGAUCUCACUCUGACUGCUCCUCCAAGCAGGGGAGGGUACCCUAAACCCUAGCACUAAGUCCUGGAACUUCACUUCACCCACAGGGCACUGCCAACAUGACCUCCUUCUUUAAAAAGCGAACUACUGGCAAAUACAGCCCCAGUGGCCCGAGCGUCCAACCCAAACUGGUCUCCAACAAGGAGCUGUCAGAUCUCAUCGAGAGGCUGCAGAAAAAUGCCGACCAGGUGGAGCGCAAUGUGGUGGAGACAGACUCCAAGCUGCAGAAGGAUGUGGAUAAGUUAGUUGCCUCUCAGCCAGUGAUGUAUAGGGACGCAACUUCAUCAAAUAUUUUGGACUCCGAAAAACUGUUAGUGGUCCUUGAGACGGACGCAGUUCUGGCGCGGCAGCUGAAUCACCCGCAAGCAGAGAUGAUAACGGAGGACAUCCGGCAGCUGAAGGGACGUCUUGCAAGUCAGAGACAGAAGCACGAGCAAAUUUAUAACCAUUCGGUGCCAUCAGGACAGGCUCCCAAAGUCAACUGGAGUAAACUGAUUGAUGACAACAUGGAUUUGGUCAGUGGUCAGGGAUUUGCCACGGAUUUGCCAAAUUUGGAGAAGCAGAUUGAGGAGCACAAUAUAUUCCACAAUCAGGUCAAAGCCAUCGGAGACCAAGUGAACAAAGACCCCGACAAGGAGUAUGUGAGCACCCUGCAGGUUAAAUAUCAGAAGCUUUUGGCUGCAUCCCAGAAGCGUCAGAGGGACCUGAACACCCUGCAGGAUUACAUGCAGCGCUGCACCAACGAGCUAUACUGGCUGGACCAGCAGGAGAAAGAAAGAAUGGAAUAUGACUGGAGCGAUCGCAAUACGGACUACAUCAGCCGCAGGCGACAGUAUGAGAAUUUCAUUCAACGAAGCUUGGAAGCCAAGGAACAAGAGAUCAACAAACUACAGGAGGAGGGAGAUAAGCUCUUGGCAUCUGGACACCCAGGGAAAAUCCCUAUAGAGGCUCACAUGGAUGCUGUCCACGCUGAUUGGAAGGAAUAUCUCAACCUCUUAAUCUGUGAGGAGAGCCAUCUAAAGUACAUGGAGGAUUACCACCAGUUCUACAGAGACGCCAAAGACUCCCAGGAACUCCUGAAGAAGGUGGACACAGAUUUGGACCAUAAGUACAGCCCAGACUUUAAGGAUAAAUAUCAAAUUGAAGCCCAGCUGCGAGAGCUCGAGGACCAGGAGAAGGCACUGGACAAGUACGAAGAUGUUGUAUCUUCCUUACAAAAGCGCAGUCAUCAGGUUGCUCCUCUCAAAUUCCGCAGGGAGACCCCACUGAAACCCAUCCCAGUUGAGGCUCUGUGCGACUUUGUCUCUGAUGAGGGUGAGAUAACUCGCAGCUCAAACUACACUCUGAAGUCCAAUAAAGGAGAGAAGUGGGAGGUGAUAGACAGCCAUGGAAAGAAAUUGGUUGCUCCUGGUGUUUGUUUCAUGAUUCCCCCAACAGACCCUGAGGCCAUCGCCCUUGGAGACAGCAUCGGCAACCAAUACCGAGCCACAAAGCAGAAAGCCGUCAAAGACCGGGGUGCAUUGCUCCAGCGUUACGACGACCUGAAGAGAGAAUCCAACAAGGCUGUUUCAAGUUCCCAGGAUACCCAGGGCCGUCAGCUUCUCGCAGGGAUGGACAAAGUCAUCAGUGACCUGGACCGGCAAGAGAAGGGCAUCAGCUUCCAACUACGACCCCCGCUGGAGCAAAACAGGGGAGUGCAGGACAGCUCGGAAAGGCUAAAGGAGCUCAAGAAUAUCUCCAAUCAAGUACGUCGUAUCGAGCCUGAGAAGAGCCAACGUGUCCAAGAGUGUGACGUCUACUUGAAAAACAACCAAGAUGUCUCCAGUUCUCCUAUCCUACGAAGCAAAAUGUCAGAAACCAACAAUAAGUACGACCGCGUCAAUGACCUCCUCAAUUCUGCCCAGGAGAAACUUGAUGGAGCCAAUCGCCUAGAGAACAGCCUGCAAAAGAGCCGUGACCUGCUUUCCACAUAUGAGACCAAACUUUCUCAAGAUGACACUGUGCCUGAGGACCCACGUGCAGCGGAUAAAAAACUGCAAGAGUUGACUGCAAUGAGCUCGGAACUGCAAAUGGGGAGAGGGGUCCUUGCCGAAGCAGAACAGAAUCUUCACAACAGUAAGCUGAUAUGUAAUAACAUGGCCAAUCGCUUCCAGGAGCAUUGCCCAGAUAUUGAACGCCAAGAGGCCGAGGUGUCAAAACUUAACAAACGUUACAGCCAACUGGAUCAACAGAUUCAGAGCAGAUCACAAGCUUUGCAAAAAGCGAAGACAGCUUAUUCUGGCUACCACAACAACUACGACAACCUCAACCAAUGGCUACUUAAUGUACCCAACUAUGAGCCCAAGGAAUCGGACAGUGUCAAGCAAGUUGAGACCAAACUAAAGAAUCAACGGCUCCUGCUAGGGGAAUUUGCAGAUCGAGAGCAAGACAUGAUUCAUGUUUCGGAGAGUGCCCAGCAGUAUCAGCAAGCAGUAAAGGAUUACGAGCUGGAUGCUGAGAAACUGAGGUCCAUGUUGGACAUGGAGAACAGAAGGAGCAGUUACAGCAAACGUGCUAGAAUCCAAUCUUCUGCCACUAAAGUAAAGGAAGAGGAGGCAGACCUAUCGGCGAGAUUUACUGAAGCCGGCGCGGUCAAUAAGCAGAGACUGCAAACACUGGAAUUUGCACAGAGCCUUCUGCGCCAGCAACCAGAGGUAGAAGUCCAACAGCAAUCAGUUCAGAUGAAUCGUUCUGAGAGGCCUGCAGAGGAAACUUGGAAGAUAAAGAAUAUGUUGGAUGAUGAAGUCCAGCGUAGACAGCAGUUGGAAACAGAAAUCAAGAGCACACGUGAUGAGAUAGUCUUUCUACAAAACCAGAAACCUCAGGAGACUGUUGUUAAGAAAGAAGUCCUGAAAAAAGUACCAGACCCACAACUGGAAGAAGAGUAUCACAGGGUCCUGGAGAAAGUCUCAGAAGAACAGCGCAAAAACAAGUCGUUGGAGGAUGAGUUGAAUUCCCUGAGGCUGAAGGUACGGACAUUGGAGUAUGAGCAAAAGGAAGGAGGACAAGAAUAUGUAGUAAAGGAAGUCUUAAGGAUUGAGAAGGACAAGGAGCAGCAUGAAGAAUAUCUAAGGCUCAAGGAAGAGUUAGAAGAUCUCAAGAGACAGAAAGGAUCAAAGCAAAGUGAGAUUGCAAGCUUGAGGGAGCGAUUGCUCAUCUUGGCAGAACAAAAGAACAAGCAGCAGGAAAGAAUUACAGAAAAGGAGGUCGUCAAGCUGCAGAAUGAUCCUCAGCUAGCUGCAGAGUAUAAACUACUUCAGGAAAAUAAACAGAGAGAGAGUGCACAAAGGCAGAAGGAGGAAGAGGAACUGAUCCUGCUUCAAGAUCAGCUAAAACGUCUUGAAAAAGAGCGUGCCAUGGCCGAAGGCAAGAUUACAGUAAAGGAAGUGCUGAAGGUGGAGAAAGACCUGGAAAGUGAGAAGGAGUUGGCCGACUUACAAAGACAGUAUGAAGACGAGACCUCAAAAAUACGUAUAAAUAUGCGUGAGAAGAAUGAACUUAUCCGGAAAAUCAACAUUUUGGAAGUAGAGAAUUCCAAAGUUAUUGUACAAGAAAAGGUACGUGAGAUUGUUCGUCCUGACCCUAAAGCAGAAAGUGAAUUAGCAAACCUGCGCCUUGAGCUGAUUGAGCAGGAAAGGAAAUACAGAGCAUCUGAGGAACAACUGAAGGUUCUAAAGAAUGAGUUGACAGUAACAAAGCAGAGAGGACCACAGGUGGAGGUAAAGGAGGUAACUAAAGAAGUCAUCAAGCACAAGACUGACCCAGAAUUAAUGGCAGAAUUGUAUAAACUCCGCGAAGAGAUCCUUGAGAAGACUAGAGUGGUAGAACGCUCAGAGCUAGAGAUCACUAAAUUGAAACAGGAGAUCCAAAGCUGGAUAGAUACCAAACCUCAGGUGCAGAUCAAAGAGGUGGUCCAGGAGGUAAUCCAAUACAGAGACGAUCCCACUACCAAGAAUGAAGUAGAGAGCCUGAGAUCCCAGUUGGCUGAGGAGCAGAAGAAGUCUUUGGAACUUGAAAGGGAGAGAAUGGCUCAAGAAGAUAAGAUAAGACAAAAAGAAAGGGAAUUGUCACAAGUGAGAGAGAAGAUAGUUCAACAAGAGGUGGUGAAAUUUGAAGAAGAUCCUUUGCUUAAAUCAGAGGUCAACAGUUUCUCAAAGAAUAUUGAAAAUGAGCUAAAACAAAAGGACUCCCUGCAGGAAGAACUUCUUAAGUUGCAGUGGCGCAAGUCAGAACUUGAGAGGCAACUUGAAGAGCUCGAUAGAGAGCGACAAGCUAGGCGAGAUGCAGAGCUUGAGAUUAAAAAAUUGAAGAUGAAGCUGAAUGAGCUGGAACAGAGGGAGUUUGAAACCAAAGAAAAAGUCACUCUAAAACAAAAAGUAGUCCUGCAACAAGAUCCACAGCAAGAGAAAGAGCAUAACUUAUUAAAACUCCAGGUAGAGGACGAGAGGCACAGAAGGCAGAUGCUGGAAGCAGAGCUGGGAGCAUUACGUAAUAAAGUCAUCACACUAGAAAAAAUGGAAGUAAAAGAAAAAGUUGUUUUCACAGAGAAAAUUGAAGUAGAAAAGGAUCCAGAAACAGAGAAUGACAUACAGAGGCUGAAGGUCAGUUUGGAAGAUGAGAAUAAGCGCAAGAGAGAGCUGGAAUCUGAAAUUAAUCGCCUUCAAUCCCAUUUGGCUGAACUUGAAUUUAGCAACUCCAAAUCCAACAAGGAGUUAGAGUAUCUGAGGGAAGAGGUCCACAAACUGCAGAUGGACAAACAGAAUUUGCAGAUGGAGGCCCGUCACCUCCAGUCGGAGAUUCAGAUCACCAUAAAGGAGGCACAGGAUCUGAGAAAUAUGACUCAGAUAGACAGUGGUGUGAACCUAGACUCACGCCUGUCUUCCUUAGAAGCAGAAUUGAAAGAACUCCAGAAAAUAUGCAAAGACAAAGAUAAUGAGAUUGAUCAAUUAGAGAGACGUCUGGAGACCAUGGCAAUCAAAAGAGAACAGAGAGAGAACCACCUACGUCGGUCCAUUGUGGUCAUCGACCCAGAUACAGGUAGAGAGAUGUCACCGGAAGAAGCUCGCAAUUUGGGCUUGAUCGACUGGAAGAUGUUUGUCAAUCUCCAGAGCCAAGAAUGCGACUGGGAAGAAAUCACAAUCAAGGGGCCCAAUGGUGAAUCUUCUAUGAUUCAUGACAGGAAAUCUGGAAAGAAGUUUGACAUUGAAGAAGCCCUGAGGAGUGGGCGAAUCAGCAAACGUCAAUACGAGAGUUACCUCAACAAAGAUAUGCCGAUUCAAGAAUUUGCAGCUUUAGUGUCUGGCAAGAAAUAAAACGAUCUACUCAAUGCCCACUUACAGUGGGUUAUAAAAAGGGACAUUAAACCGAUGAAGCUACCCCUUUAGCCUGAUGCAUACAUACACAGAAUAACUGCCUUUUUCUACUUUGGCAGAAACCCAACAAUUCUGCUCUGACCCAACACCAGCAAUCUUAUGGUUCCUGGUUUCUUGCAGUCUUCUGAAAUUUGAGAAAGCAAUAGACUCGUCCCCUAUGUCAUACUUUAACUCAAGUCACAAUCCAGGUGUCCUUAUCUACUCUAACUUCAAGGCAGGCCCUUCACUGCCAAGAGCAUAGCACAUAAAACAUUCUAAUUAGCUGUCCACCAGGGGCCACGACAUCUGAAAGCUCUAAGUCAUGUUGUAUCCUUUUAUUCUUUCGUGAUGAGAUUCUCUUCAGUUUCUGCACAGCUUUUUUUUUUUUUUUAAUCAUAUUACAACUUUAAAAUAGAGAUUGUUACAAACAAAUAUUCCAUUGAAUUUGCUAUGAGUUAUUGGUUUGAUGUUCCACGUUAUUCUCGAAUGAAAUAGGUCAGAAAACUAUGUUUAGGCAACACGCACUGAAUAAUAUAGACAUGUCGAGUGUAAGAACAAGAAAAUUAGUUAAGACAAAUACCACUAAAACUGAAAAUCACAACACAUACUACUGGUGCAAUUCUCCUAUGCCAUCCUUGGGCAGAAUGUUAUAUAGUAUAUAAUAGGUUUGGUAAGUGGCUUAGGUAAACACAGUUAUAGCAUCUCUCCUUUUACACAGCUACCGUGGUGCCUUUGCUUACUAAAAGCUUCCCAAUGCAAUCUCAUGGCGUUAGCCAUAGCUGCAUCCUGAUUCAUGCCUACCUUUCAUUUAUUUUCUCAGUGGGAAUGGGGGAAAUUUGGUAAAAAACUAAACUGUAUUUUAUUUAUGUAAACAAUAAUAAAGAAAUGGUGGUUUUGAAUGUA